AUGCAACGCCGCACAAGAACUCUCGCUCAAAUCGAGCUCCUCCCGACAGAACUCCAACAAGAAAUAAUGUCACGGGCUGCUAAGUUCUCAAUCGAUGCCCUACGCAACCUCAUUAUAGCAUCCCCUACUCUAGCCGACGUUGCCGCAGAUCCACACAUAUACAAGAACAUCAAUCUCCACACCCUCACAAUCUUUCCUCUCACAACCCUAACCAUCUACAAAGAUCUGAUGGAACGAUGCCUUAACGCCGGUAACGUCCAAGCUCACUACAUACGCGGGUUACAAGAAUAUUUCCACCACAACAACAUCGCCGCUGGUUUGCCUCAUAUCAAAAUCGCUGCAGAAGGUUUGUACGACAACGCCAUAUACCUUUAUGCUCUAAUAAUGAUGUGUAGUGGACAACAAGAAAUAGGAAGAACGAUGCUCGAUUCACUCGGAUAG